AUGUGCAGGCCGGCCGUCGCUGUGGCCAUGCAGUGCUUAGUCGCGGUCUUCGCUACGGUGACGGCGACCACCGUCAAGCGACACCAGGUGACGGUGGUCGUGUCGUUCGACGGUUUCCGGCCCGACUAUAUCCGGCCCGACGUGACGCCGCACAUGGCCAAGUUCCGGGACGCGUCCGCCGCGCCGCCGUACAUGCGCAGCGCGUUCCCCACGAAGACGUUCGUCAACCACUUCACCAUGGCCACCGGACUGAAUCCUGAGACGCAUGGCGUGUUCGACAAUACCAUGUUCGACAGCCACAACGAGACGAUGCACUACACGUACGAGCAGUUCCAUUACGACGAUUCGGUGGUGCCUAUCUGGAUACAAAACGAAAAUAAUGGAGAAGGUCGACAUAGUGGUGUAAUGAUGUGGCCAGGAUCAGAAUUUCCAUAUCAAGGCAAAACCCCAACUUACAUUGAAGUAUACAACAAUUCAAUACAUUGGAAUUCUCGAAUAGACACUAUCAUGUCAUGGAUUGAAGAUGAAAAUCAACCAGCCAAUCUAGUGUUUGCAUAUUUUGAAGAACCAGAUAGAACUGGUCAUAUAAAAGGAGUCGGCUCACAAGAGAUAAACAAUCAAAUCGUUAGAGUAGAUGACACAGUCAAAUACAUACUUGAUCAAUUAAAAUAUAAAAAAUUAGAAGAGAAAAUAAACCUCAUAAUUCUUAGCGACCACGGAAUGGAAACAGUAACAUAUGAUAGAAUGAUAUUUCUAGAUGAUUACGUAUCCAAUAUGACCUACAAAUCCGUUAUUACAGGUCCAAAUGCAUUUAUACUUCCAAACAUGGGUAAAUUUGACGAAGUUUAUGCGAAUCUUUCAAGCGGAGCCAAUACAUCAAAAACAUUUUACGUGUUCAAAAAAAAAGAAUUACCUGACCGUUGGCAUAUGAAGAAUAAUCCUAGAUUGAACGGGAUCAUCUAUUUGCUGUCAAAACCCAGUUACGCGUUUUGGUACAGUUUUUAUCAAAAAAUUUUGGAUAAAACAACCAAGGAAAUGUUCAGAACCGGGACCCACGGGUACGACAAUGACGACCCUCUGAUGCACGCCCUUUUCAUGGUUUCGGGACCGAUGUUCAAAAAGAACUUCACUGCAAAGUCAUUUGACAACGUGGACCUGUACCCGCUGAUAAGCCACCUGUUGGCACUAGACGAGACGGCCAAUUACGCAAGGCCGGUGAACGGGACGAUAGCCGGCGUCGAACAACUACUGCUGUCGCCCAAGUCGUCAAGCGCUGGCACGUCGUCGUCGUCGUCGUCACCGCACGUCCUAGCAGGCAUAAUAGUGACCUUCAUCGACGCUUUGAAAAAGUACCAGUUACCAUAA